CCGAGAGCUCCAAAUGAAGCGCAAAUCGAAGGGGUUGGUGAACAACGUAACGAAUUCCCAACCACCCGAAAUUCAUCCUCCUCUCCGCUCGCAUACCAUACCUCCUCCCAACUAGCUGAAGGCCAAAACCCUUUUAAGCAGUGCAAACUCCUAUAACCUCUACAACGAUACAUCUACAAUUAUACCGACUUGAAACGAGAUCUACAUUCCUCGAUAGCGAUACCCGUCGAACAUUCCUCGCUCCCCAAACUCAAACCUCGCAUACAAUCUUCAGCGUUGCUGAGCAUUCCUCAGCUGCGACUCCUACGUCGCCCCGAAGCAGGGAGGACGGGAGUGGCAGAUCUUAGAAUAUACCGAGACAAGAAGUAGGAGAGCGUUGCAAUGGCACAGAGGUUUCAAGUGGGGUGGAUGAGGCUGAUACCGUUCCUCGGAUACCAUCAUGUACUCAUGAUACUGAUUGCGAUUGCCAUCAUAUUACUAUCACUGUUAUUAGCAGGAUGUUCAUCGUCAUCGCCUCUCAUACCCGAUAUCUUCCUCAUCUCCCUCUACUACGAAGACUAUGCACCGAAGCCAUCAACGGCCCAAGUCGAUUUCAACGUACACAAUGCCAUCGCAGUAGUAGCUGGUGAUGCCGUUCUAGCAGCCCGAGUUGGAUACUUCGGUAUCUGCAUCAAUCCAGAUGGAGGAUCCUGGCUCUGCAGUAACAAUGCUACCGCGCUCGCAGACCAAAUAUCUCUGACGCAAGAUCCCUUGAAUCUGAUUUGGCUUGCCAGUCAGUUCAAGGACAUGAUCGUAUUCCCAUACCUGAUUAUCAUCGCCAUCAUCUUCGCCUUCAUCUGCCUCUUGCUCCUCGCCACUUUCCCUGGAUGGCACGAAGAAGAAGACGCCUCCGGUAGCGAACGAGAAGUCAAGCCCUUUCCCUCCCGGCCCGUCUCCCAAAUCGCCCUUGCAAUCAUCUUCAUCGCCUCGAUUUUCGUACUCGUUUCCGUUCUAUGGCAACACACUGCAUCCGUAGCAGCGUCCAUCAUAGCGCAGGAUUUCGGCAACGGGAGCGUCAAGAGCGGCGUCGGAACUACAGCCAUGGUACUCGGAUGGUUUGGCUUUGCUCUGCUUAUCAUCGUUACGAUAGGCUUGCUGGUCAUGAUUCUGAGUAUCCGUGUUCUGAGUGAAGCAUUCAGCUGAUAGACCGCUUAUCUUUCGUGGAGCCGAGACGACAAUCGGAAGGAGAAGUGAGAGAGUUUUGGCUGCAGCAAGCAUAUUUGAUGAUACCUUUCAGCGCGCAUGAUGAUUUGGAUGGUAAACACCAUACACACACCUUUCCGUCUCCCAAGGUGUGAUUUGGGGAUUUUUAUCAAUUUGAACAAAAGUACAACCGGAGUGAACCAACAUCGUUUGGGUGCUUUACCUUCGAUUUGUGUAUAAAGACGUCAGACAGAAAGAUCGUGCACGCAUUUGGGACGGAGUUGACCAGACACGGAUAUGGAUGGUUUUGUUAUCUUUUUGGGAGCCUGGAUUCUUUAUUUGAGUGGGUUGGAUGAUGAUCAUGGAUGAGGAUGGAUGGACGAAUGGGAUGUUAAUUACGAAACUUGUGGUCGAAGAUGGAAUCGACCUGUAUGUAUGGGCUCAUGAUUGAGAGAAAGGACAGCUGGGAAGUGGAAUGGAGGCCAGAAUGAACAUUAUGAGCAUCAUCCAGGAAAUCCCAAUCAAAUAAUCAAAACAU